AUGCAAACCGAUCUCUGCGAACACUGCGGUGUACGACCCAAGUUCGUCGAAAACGGCGUCAUGCUUGAGUAUUGUGGUAAAUCGUGUGCAGUCAAUGCCAAACUGGCUCAAGCGAAACCAAUUGCUCCUGUGUCGAAUCCCAUCGCCAACACCGUACCCGCCUCUAAUAACACACCGGACCUCUGCACGGUCUGUGGCCAACGUCCUAAGCACAAUGACGGGACGAGAACAUAUGAUUAUUGUGGCAAAUACUGCGCUAGCCAGGUCCAAUCUGGCGCCCCAUCUGCUGUUCCCGUCACAGCUGCGCCAGCCAUAGUGUCUGUGCCACCUGCCACCUCGAACCUUUGCACCAUAUGUGGCAAACGGCCUAAGUUCGAUGAUGGUACCACGGUGCAUGAUUAUUGCGGGAAGGCUUGCGCGGCAAAGGCGAACACCACUAGCGGAAACGUGGCCCCCCUUCCGAAGACGAACAACCCCGCAUCCGCCCCAAAGCCAGCAGUAUCAAGUGCACCCGCCGCCUCUAACCUAUGCCCAGUUUGUGGCCAGCGUCCUAAGUUCAACGACGGUAACAAGGUUCACGACUUCUGCGGGAAAGCUUGCGCUACAAAAGCGCAAAGUGCGAAUGGCGUAACACCGGCACCUAAACCUGACCUUUGCACGGUCUGCGGACAACGCCCGAAGUUCAACGAUGGCAAACGAACGCUUGAUUACUGCGGUAAAUACUGUGCGAGCAAGGCACAGGCGCCGCCGCCGGCAGCGACCGUUCCGGCUGUCAAGCCUGUGAAUGGCUGA